AUGACACCGCUAGUUAUGGAUCCUAAAUUGACGUACAACAAUAAAUUUGGUACUUUUCGGCAUUCAGAUAUGAUUGGAAAGAAAUAUGGAACUAAGAUGCCUUCUCAUAAUGGCAGAGGAUUUAUGUACUUGUUGCAUCCAACACCGGAAUUAUGGACGCUUGUUGUUCCACAUAGAACACAAAUCCUUUAUAUGGCGGACAUUUCUUUUAUAACAACAUAUCUUGAUCUAAAACCUGGCUCAAUAAUAUUGGAAUCUGGAACUGGAAGUGGAUCCUUUUCCCAUUCCCUAGCUAGAACUAUUGCACCAAAUGGUCAUUUAUAUACGUUUGAAUAUCAUGAAGAACGUGCAAAAGCUGCAAAACAAGACUUUGAAAGACAUGGUCUCUCUGAUAUCACCACUAUUGAAUGCAGAGAUGUUUAUAAGGAUGGGUUUGGAAUAACUGAUUUGGUACAUGCUGAAGUGCAUACAAUCCCAAUAUACACCGUGAAAGAUGCUGUGUCCAAAAUCAAAGUUCAACAAGACAAAAAACGUAAGCGUAGCGAAGAAGAAUCAUCUAAUUCGAAAGCAGCUAAAUCUCCUAAAAUUAAACAAGAUCCACCAAAUUUAUAUGUAUCCAAAACUCCAACUGAAGCAAAAGGUCAUACCAGUUAUUUGACUUUUGCAACGUUUUUGCCAGUUUUAGACGAUGAAGUUGAGAUUAUUGAUAAAGUGAAUGAAUUAGAUUAA